AUGAUAAAAGCAAUUCCAUUAGAACCCUCGAUCAAUUCAUCCCCAGCAUCUUCUGCCAGAGAAUUUCGAACAGAAUGCACUCCAUCCACUUUAGGAAACGAGCUCGAUCACGUGUCACUCGACGCAAUCGAGACCAUCGAUCUUACCGGAAAAGUUGCCCUUCCCUCUCCAUCAACGACUGAUUGGGAGCCGCCUCGACCACGGGCCGAUGGAGCUGUACCACCCGAAUGCUGUCGCGCAAAACGAGGCAAAAAACGGAAGGGUGGUGAGUGUACACCGGACCUGCUUGCUACGUCUGGAACGCCGUCAAAAUUCCAACACCUCUCGAGGGCAGGCACGUCACCACCCGUGAAGAAUAUUCCUGCAGAGCUGUCCGCAACGCCGAGUCGUCGUAGUACGCCUAGCGAUGCCAUGCUGCACAAAACAUCGAUCGCGGACGAGGACAACGACAACGAUUCACCUGAUACCUGGCUCGAUAUUGACACCAUAUUUCCAGAUGCCGGAUUAGAGCUUUACCCGCAGCCGCCUCGGAGCACCUACCGAGGAGAGAGAAAAACCGAGAGCCCGCAACAGCCCAACUCACCGUUGUAUUCGAACGAUGCCACGCCGCCGCCACCUUGUAUUGAAUGGAACAGCAAUUCAUCGCAGUCACAUAACCCAGAGUCAUUGCCCAUCACGAAGAUGUCUACUAUUAAACAAGCAGACAAAUCUUUCAAGGGAUUUCUGGCUGUUCACUCGGAGACCCUGGCGCAAUUGAUAUCAAUUCUGAAAGAAAAACUCCACAAAAAUGCAGAAAUUAUCUACGAACAGGCGAUUCAAGGCCGACUAGCACCAGAUAUCAUCGCCGCAAAUAGGGAUCUGGUCUCCCAAAUACAAAUCAUGGAAACUUUGCAAACGAGCAGGAGUGCUUAUCAGGAUUGUGCGACGCGCAAGGAAGAUCUCAAGCAGAGCCUAAUGCGUGUGAUUUCUGAGGGCUCGGACCCAACAACCAUGCCGGAAAUGGCGCAGAGUCGACUCUUUGAGGCUGAAAUGAGGAAGACUGAGGCCCAGAUCCGCGAACUUCUGCCUCGAGCCAAGAUUUUUGACAUAGCUUGCAAUUUUGAAACUAAUCAAGAAGAUACAAUCUGUGAAUGA